UAAUAUACAUUGAGAAGCUUUUUGGUGCUUCAGUGCAGUUCCAACAUGAUACUCACAUGCAGGCGCAACGUGUUUCUUGUUAUAGCAAUUUUUGCAAUAAAUAGUUUAGUGGCAGUAUCUCUUAAUGCCGAUAAACAAUUCACGUUAAAACAAUUUCUGAAAAACCAGACAAAGGCAAGAAACAAUGGCGAUGGGAACAAAGACAAUGACGAAAAGGAAAAUGUUUUAAGAACUGAGGCAUGGAAACUCCUAAAACAGUGCGACGGUGAGCGAAAUCGCUAUGGGGACGACACCAAUAACAAAUUCAGUGCUUCUAAAGGAGAAAAUAAUAUAAACAAUUUCCGACCAGACAGACAAAGUAACGGUUAUGGAAAUGAUAAUAAUGAAUCAUCCGGCAAUUCAUGGUCUAGCAAUAGAAACGGCACCACUUAUGGUUCCCAGAACAAUGAAAAUGAAGAAUGGAACAUGUUUCGAUCUCCCAAGCGAUAUGACACUGGUUCAAAUACAGCUGAGUCUUCAUAUGGUACCCAGCAUUUUAACCAAGCAAACAAUGAAAACAAGAAUCCGUAUAAUUCCAAUAACAUGAAUUACCAAACCGACCAUAGAAGCCCCAGUAACAUUUAUAGUAGCAUGUCCACCAAUGGAGAUCAACUGAAUCGUCCGAACACUGAUUACAGAAGUCGUUUUAACGAAAAUUCCCAAAGUAGUGGAUUUGGGGAAUCCACUACAGGAUACCAAGCUGGUAGCUCCAAUGCAUUUGAUAUGAGAAAUAGCUAUGGGCCAAACUCUGACGGAUUUCAUCGAGUUACUUCUUCAGAUAAUGAUUGCCGCGAUAAUGUUGACAGAAAUUGCGGAAAAAAUAUGUUUGUUUCAGAAUACAAUUCUGGAAUAACGUUUGGAUCUCAGAUACCUUCGCAUCGGAACAAAAGAUAUAAUUAUUUCAAUAAGGAAGAUAAAGACAGGAGUGAAAGAAGCCAAUGCGUUAGCCAGUGCAUAUUUGAGUAUCUCCGCCUGUUGGAUUACGACAAAACCCCUUCAGAAACACUGUUAAUUAAAUGGCUUCAAGAACAUGUCACUGGAAAUGACAUGGACAGAAUAAAAGAGUUAAGGAAGGCUAGAAGCUGUUUUUCUAAACUCACGGCAUCCGACACUGAUGAUGGCUGCGAGAUGACCACAGAGCUUUCCAAAUGUCUAGAAUUAGAAUUAGAAUAACUUUAGUAUUAGCUUUCAUUGGUAACGUUGAUAGGAUAUAAAUAUUGGUAAAACCGAGUUAGUAACAAACAAUUAAUAAUAAAUAUUUCUAAUACAUUUCACUUAAUCCUAGAAAUUUAAGUCUUUUGCAUGAAGAUCAAUUAAAUACCUUUAUGAUUACCAUUAUAUU